AUGGCUGACCUCUGUCUGUGCGGAGUCGUCUUCGUUCUCCUCGCCCUCUUCACGCCCGAGACAUAUGCUCCAACCCUCCUUCGGCAGCGUGCCAAUACUCUUUCCAAGGCCACCGGCAAGGUCUACCGCUAUCGUGCCGAUGCGCAGAAACCUCUGGAGAUCGGGCCGCUCUUCCGCGCAGCGCUCCUCCGUCCAUGGCGUUUCCUCCUGGAACCGAUCGUCCUCAUCCUCUCCAUCUACAUCGCCGUCAUCUACGGAACGCUGUAUCUCAACUUUGCAGCGUACCCAAUCAUCUUCCAGCAGAUGCGCGGCUGGUCGGGCGGCGAGCAGGGCCUUGCAUUCCUGGGCAUUGCGGGCGGUGUUGUCGUCGCCAUCGCUGUGACUCUCCUCAUGGUCAACAAGGCCUAUGUCAAGGCGAGCCAGCAGAAGGGUACUCCACCACCAGAGGAGCGUCUCCCGCCUGCAUUCAUGGCUGGUAUCAUGUGCGUGAUUGGCCUUGCUGGCUUUGCGGCCACCUGUGGCCCCAACGUACACUGGAUCGCCUCCAUCCUCUUUGGCAUUCCUUUCGGAUUCGGCAUGGUCAUCAUCUUCCUCUCGACCAUGGGCUACCUUGUUGACAGUUACACCAUCUACGCCGCCAGUGUCCUUGCGGCCAACUCGGUCUUGCGAUCCCUCUUCGGCGCCGCAUUCCCUCUCUUCACACCCAAGAUGUACGCCAAGCUCGGCGUGCACUGGGCCGCCGCCAUCCCCGGUUUCCUCGCCUUGAUCUGCGUUCCCUUUCCCCUCAUCUUCUACAAGUACGGAGCGCAAAUCCGCGCGCGCUGCAAAUACGCUUCGGACGCCGAGCGCACCAUGAAGCAGCUCAUGGCCGCGCGCCGUGCCGAGCUCGAGGACGAAGAGGCCGACGGCAAGUUCCGCUACAGCACAAGUGAGAAGCCGGCACUGGGCCGCGUCAAGACUGCCGCGUCGAUCACUCGACCUAGCCACCCCAAGAACGACGAAUGGAUCCAGUGGCGCAUCCUGGCCUCCCGCGAUGAAGUCGACCUCUCGGACGAAGACCGGAUGCGAGUACACCAGGGAGCGCAAGAGUUCGCCCCCUAUCACCACGCCCCAGGCGUAUAG